AUGUCUUCUUCGACAGUGAUAAACAAUUCCAGUACAACUGCGUGGGAUCAACUCUCAUUACCAGAAAAAAUUCAAACAUUUGACGAAUAUAGAAGUCUCUACGCGUUAUCAACCGAAAACCCUGAUCGAUUUUGGACAUUAGCCGCACAGCGUUUGGAUUGGUAUCAAUUUCCGACGAAAAUAAAAAACACUGAAUUCGAUUACCGUACAGAACGAGGCGUAGAAAUUAAAUGGUUUGAAGAUGGAGUACUAAAUGUCUGCUAUAAUUGUCUCGAUCGACACAUAGAAAAAGAUCCGCGUGUAGGUGAGCAAGUGGCAAUUAUUUUCGAAGCAGAUAAAUUAACUGAAAAACGACAUCACGUCACCUAUGCUGAACUUCUACGUGAUGUGAAACGAUUUGCAAAUGUCUUGAAAAAUCAUGGAGUGAAAAAAGGAGAUCGAGUGACGAUUUACAUGCCCAUGGUCGUGGAAACAUGUGUAGCAUUAUUAGCGUGCGCACGAAUCGGUGCCAUACAUUCUGUUGUCUUCGGUGGCUUCAGCUCACAUAGUGUAGCCGAACGCAUAUCUGAUUGCGAGUCGACAAUCGUUAUCACAAGUGACUUCGGCGUUCGCGGUGGUAAAUGUACACCAUUGAAAAGUAAAAUCGAUGUUGCCCUAACGAUGGAACAAUGCAAAUCAGUUAAAACUGUUCUUGUCUUCCAACGAAAUCAUGGAUUAUCGGCAACGGAAGAUGACUGCGCAGAACACCGUAGUUCACUUUUAUGGGUCGAUGGACGAGAUUAUUGGGUGCAUGAUGAAUUAGAAAAAGUGGACGAUAAAUGCGAUCCUGAACCAAUGAAUGCUGAAGAUCCAUUAUUUAUCCUUUACACCAGUGGCUCAACUGGUAAGCCCAAGGGAAUAUUACAUACAACUGGUGGAUAUUUGACAUAUGUCAAUUUAACAUUUAAAUACGUCUUUGCAUACACUCCAGGUGAAGUUUAUAUGUGUACAGCUGAUGUUGGAUGGAUUACAGGUCAUUCAUAUGUUAUCUAUGGACCAUUGUCUAAUCGAGCGACCACAGUAGUCUUCGAAGGAAUACCGACGUAUCCUGAUGUAUCACGUUUUUGGAAUAUUGUUGAUAAACACCAAAUUAAUAUAUUCUACACUGCACCAACAGCUAUUCGUUCAUUAAUGGCACACGAUAAUUCAUUUGUCACGCGAACAAGCCGUAAAUCACUCCGAAUAUUAGGUACUGUAGGUGAACCAAUCAAUCCAGAAGCAUGGAAAUGGUAUCAUACAAUCGUUGGUGAUAGCCGUUGUUCUAUUGUUGAUACAUGGUGGCAGACUGAAACCGGUGGAUUUAUGAUCACACCUAUUCCCAACGUAUGGGAACUUGAAGGUGGUUCAGCUACGCUGCCAUUUUUUGGUAUUCAAACUCAACUUUUCAACAAGGAAACUCGACAACCAUUACAAGCGCCAAAUACGGGUGAAUUGUGUAUCCGAGACUCAUGGCCUGGUCAAGCACGUAGUCUUUAUCGUAACCAUGAACGUUUCGUCGAUGUAUACUUCAGACCAUAUCCUGGUUAUUAUUUUUCUGGCGAUGGUUGUGAGAUAAAAGAAAAUGGUUACCACUGGAUCACUGGUCGAGUGGAUGACGUUCUGGUCAUAUCAGGUCAUAAUAUCGGUACAGCUGAAGUUGAGUCUGCUCUUGUUCAGCAUGCCGGUGUGUCCGAAGCUGCAGUUGUCGGUUAUCCUGAUCCAAAGAAGAAUCAGGGCAUGUACUGUUUCGUUACAUUGAAAGAUGGCGUUCAAGAAUCUGACGCACUAAAAAAAGAUCUCAUUAAAACUGUUCGUGAGAUCAUCGGUGCACAUGUGUUUCCUGACAUCAUACAUUUUGCACCGAACUUGCCUAAAACUCGUAGCGGUAAAAUCAUGCGACGUAUUUUACGUAAAAUCGUUGAGCCUGACGUUCAUAAUCUUGGUGAUAUCUCAACAUUAAACGAUCCAUCGGUUGUCGAAGAAUUGAUUAAGAAAUGCCCACGCUCACACCUUGCUUAG